AUGAUUGCACGUAUUGAUGGAGAGGUGGAAACUGAAAGCGAGGGAGAUGAUGACCAAAUUCCAUCACUUGAGGAUGCUUGUGAUGACAAUGUGGAGUAUCCAGUGGAGGGUGAGUUACUUGUGGCAAGGCGUGCUUUAAGUGCCCAAGUCAAAGAGGAUGAUAUGGAACAACAAAGGGAGAAUAUUUUUCGUAUUAGAUGCCACAUCAACAAUAAGGUAUGUAGUAUGAUCAUUUAUGGGGGGAGUUGUACUAAUGUGGCUAGCACUACUUUAGUGGAAAAAUUGAAUUUACCUACCUUGAAACACCCUAGACCAUAUAAGUUGCAGUGGUUGAGCGAUUGUGGAGAGGUUAAGGUAAAUAGGCAAGUAUUGGUUUCUUUUUCAAUUGGGAGGUACAAGGAUGAAGUACUUUGUAAUGUUGUUCCAAUGCAUACGGGUCACAUUUUAUUGGGUAGGCCUUGGCAGUUUGACAGAAAGGUCAAUCAUGACGAGUUCAAGAAUAGGCAUUCUUUUGUAAAAGACAGUAAAACCAUUACUCUUGUACCGUUAACUCCAAGACAAGUGUAUGAAAAUCAAAUGAAAUUGAAAAGAGAGAAUGACUUGCAAAAAAAGAAAAAAAAGAGUGAAAAGAAAAUAGAGAGUGGAAAAAGUGAGAGAAAAACAAAAAAACAAUGGAGUUUUUAUGCUAAGGCGAGUGAUGUCAAGAAUGUUUUUUAUACAAACCAGCCUAUAUUUGUACUCUUGUACAAAGAGGCAUGUUUUAAUACUAACGAACUUGACGAAUCUUUGCCUAGUGUUGUUGCUUCUUUGUUGCAGGAAUAUGAGGACGUGUUUCCUAACGAUGUGCCUAGUGGAUUGCCACCUAUUAGAGGAAUAGAGCAUCAAAUUGAUUUUGUGCCAGGUGCGACAAUUCCUAACCGACCAGUCUAUAGGAGUAAUCCGGAGGAGACAAAGGAACUUCAAAGGCAAGUUGAGGAAUUGCUGACCAAAGGACAUGUGAGAGAGAGCAUGAGCCCAUGCGCGGUGCCGGUGUUGCUUGUGCCUAAGAAGGAUGGAACUUGGAGGAUGUGUGUUGAUUGCAGGGCUAUCAACAAAAUUAUGGUAAAAUAUAGACAUCCCAUCCCUAGGCUAGAUGAUAUGUUGGAUGAAUUGCAUGGAUCAUGUGUUUUCACAAAAAUUAAUUUGAAAAGUGGGUAUCAUCAAAUUAGGAUGAAAGAGAGUGAUGAAUGGAAAAUUGCCUUUAAAACUAAAUAUGGAUUGUAUGAGUGGUUGGUAAUGCCUUUUGGUCUAACUAAUGCACCUAGUACAUUCAUGAGGUUAAUGAACCAUGCAUUGCGUGCGUAUAUAGGCAGAUUUGUUGUGGUUUAUUUUAAUGAUAUUUUAGUGUAUAGUAAGAACUUAGAUGAGAAUAUCAAACAUUUGCAUUGUGUGCUUGCUGUUUUGAGAAAAGAAAAAUUAUAUGACAAUUUAAAGAAAUGUUCUUUGCGCAUGAACAAAGUUGUGUUUCUUGGUUAUGUUGUUAGUGCGAAAGGAAUUAAGAUAGAUGAGGAAAAGGUGAAGGCUAUCAAGGAAUGGCCCACACCUAAGUCAAUCACUGAGGAAUAG